AUGUCUGAAUAUUCUAUCAAUACAAAAGGAACUGCAGCUACUGUUUUAUCAGAAGAAAUAAGUCAUAAAAGGUUUAUUACUGUUUGGAAUCGUAAAACACAGUUUGAUGAUGGUCGAGUAGUCGAGUGGGAUGUGGUUGGACACAACACACCUUAUCCUACGUUUGUUGUUGUCUUUACGUUUGAUACAAAGACAAAAACAACCUCGAUAUUAAAAGAAUAUGCUCAAGGCACAAAUGAAAUGAAAUAUACAUGUGUAGCAGGAUCCUUUGAUAGAAGAAAGCAUCAAAAUAUCUUACAAGCUGCUCAACAUGAGCUCUCUGAAGAAGCUCAACUAAAGCAAGGCGAAUGGAUCAAUUUAUUGCCUCAAGAUCACUCGCCUGAUGGUAUUAGUGAACUCAAAUGGGGCAGAAACAGAUUUAUUCCUUACCUUUGCUUGAAUCCUAUCAAAGACGAUACACCUAUGGAACGUGAUGCAGAAGAAUACAUUCAAGUAGUGCAUCAUGUACCUAUUCCUGAUCUCAAACAAUUUAUUACUCGAGCAGAAAUGAUGCUUCCUUCUGUGCAGACGUGUUGGAUGGCUUUAGAAUAUUUAAGAGAGCAUAAUUUACUUUAG